AUGUCUGCACUUUAUGCCACCAAAAAAGCCCAGAAAACCGCAGAAUGUGCGAAAGCUGAAGUGGAGAAGCAGAUUUGUGUUAAGGAUGCCGCUCUGGAGGAGCAGAUUCAUGUUAAGGAUGCCACUCUGGAGGAGAUGCUGAAGGCAGAGAGCAGUUCACAUCAGGAACUUGGGCAGGCACUGGACAAUGUGCGGUCAGAGCUGGAAGCCAAGACAUCACAGCUGGAUGAGGAGCAUAACACUCACCGGAAACUCAGGCAGAGGCUAAACAAAGUGAAGCUGCAGCUGUGGAAUGAUGAGACUGAGCUGCAGCAAAGGUUCAGAAAUAUGCGGUUGAAGCUGAAAACAUCCGAGCUGAAAGAGGAGCACGAUGCUCACUCACUAGCACAGACACUGGAGACAGAACACAGUGCUCAUCAGGAACUAGAGCAGAUGCUGGUUAAUACGUGGUCUGAGCUGGAAUCAGCACAAUCAGUGCUCAGAAUCAGGGUCUUGAAGCUCAAUGAAACAUGCAUGAUGGUGGAGGAACUAAACCAGAUGCUGAACGAGACACAGUCGGAGCUGCAAACAGAACGCAGUGCUCGUCAAGAGCUGAAACAGAUGCUGGACAAGGUGCAGUCAGAACUGCAGACAGAGCGCAGUGCCCAUCAAGAGCUCGAUCAGGUACUGAAAAUGGUGCGGUCGGAGACACUGGACAAGGUGCCACCAAAGCUGAGUGUCGAGAUGUCUGAAUCAGAGGGAGAGCGCACUGCUCACCAAGAAUUCAUGCAGACAUCUGAAUCAGAGGGAGAGCACACUGCUCACCAAGAACCUGUGCAGACACUGAACGAGGUGCCACUAAAGCCUUCCCUCGAUGUUCCCCUCACCUUCAGUCCUGAAGAGUUCCCCAUGUGCUUCCCAUCGGCAGCUGACCUUGAAGGGUUCAGCAAGCACUUCCUGUCGCCAGAGUCACAGACACACCCAGGUUCCAGCAUGGAUGUGGGAGGUGACAAAAAGAUGUCCACACAGGCUGCCAUAAGAGGGGACCAGUAUAAAUCUAUGGACAUCCUCGCUUCGCUGUUCAUCGAUACCUCCCAGCAAUGUUGA